CCCCCGCCCCCCGCAUCUCUCCCUCCAUGUCCGUGUCCCGCACCCUCAACUCGCCGCUCCCUCCCGGUACCGGUGCCGAUGGCGAUGUCAUCCCUCCACGAUCCAUUAUCAUCACCGAUGAUCGUGUCUCUUUAACAACCUCCGCCACUGACACGCGUGUGCGAACGCGCGUGUGCGUGUGCGAGCGGCUCCCUGGGCUGGCAGGAGGGACCCCCCUUCUCCAUCUCCCCCCGGAUCCGGAUCCAGCCCCUUUCCCCCCACCCACCGUUUAUUUUUGCUGUUGUUUAGCGGGAUUGGGGCGGGGGCCGGGCAGGAUCCGGCCCCUUUUCCAACGGGGAAAUUUUUUGUGGGGGGUUUUCCCGGUUUUCUUCCCGGUGGGUUUUCUUUCCUGUAACCAAGAGAGGACGGGCACAAGGCAUGGCAUGAGCUUCGGGAAACGGUGCUGGAGAGAGACCUGUGGAAGAUGUCGAACCCGAGAAACGGUGACACCAAGCCCCCAUGUUUGCCCCGCAAUGGACUGGUGAAGAUCCCCACACAACCCAACGGCCUCGGCUCUGCCAGCAUCACCAAAGGCACCCCCGCCAUGAAAAACCGCCUGUGCCAGCCUUCCUCUGUGCCUGCCAUCCUCAGCCCGGCCUUAGCCCACCGCAGCGACCUGCCCAUCCCCAACCUGGCCUCCCCACUCUCCUUGGCCGCUCUGGCUAGCGUCUCCUCUCCUCCCGGCCCUUCCUUGGUGGGACUGAACACGAGCGAAGGCUCGGAGCAGCCCUCACCAGAGCGGCUGCCUGGCUCGCCCUCAGAAAGGCAGCUGGCAGUGGACGAAAAGAUCCUCAACCGCUUGUUCUGGUACUUUUCAGCGUGCGAGAAGUGUGUGCUGGCACAGGUAUGCAAGGCGUGGCGACGGGUGCUCUACCAACCCAAGUUCUGGGUGGGCUUGACACCUGUUCUGCACACCAAAGAGCUCUACAACAUCCUGCCCAGCGGUGAGAAGGAGUUUGUCAGCCUGCAGGGCUUUGCCAUCCGUGGCUUCGAUGGCUUCUGCCUCGUGGGUGUCUCUGACCUGGACAUUUGUGAGUUCAUUGACAACUACCCUCUCUCCAAGAAGGGGGUCAAGUCCAUGAGCCUUAAGAGGUCAACCAUCACAGAUGCGGGGUUGGAGGUGAUGCUGGAGCAGAUGCAGGGUGUGGUACGGCUGGAGCUGUCGGGCUGCAACGACUUCACAGAGGCUGGGCUGUGGUCCAGCCUCAACGCGCGCAUCACGGCGCUGAGCGUCAGCGACUGCAUCAAUGUGGCCGACGACGCCAUCGCCGCCAUCUCGCAGCUCCUGCCCAACCUCACCGAGCUCAACCUGCAAGCUUACCACGUAACGGACACGGCGCUCGCCUACUUCACUGCCAAGCAAGGCUACACCACCCACACCCUCCGCCUCAACUCCUGCUGGGAGAUCACCAACCAUGGCGUGGUCAACAUGGUCCACAGCCUGCCCAACCUGAGCGUCCUCAGCCUCUCAGGCUGCUCCAAGGUGACAGAUGAUGGGGUGGAGCUGGUGGCCGAGAACCUACGGAAGCUUCGCAGUCUCGAUCUCUCCUGGUGCCCUCGUAUCACGGACAUGGCCCUGGAGUACAUCGCUUGCGACCUGCACAAGCUGGAGGAGCUGGUGCUCGACAGGUGCGUGCGGAUCACUGACACCGGCCUCAGCUACCUGUCCACUAUGUCAUCCCUGCGGAGCCUCUACCUGCGCUGGUGCUGCCAGGUGCAGGAUUUUGGCCUGAAGCAUCUCCUGAGCAUGGGCAGCCUGCGCCUCCUCUCACUGGCCGGCUGCCCCUUGCUGACCACCACGGGACUGUCAGGGCUGGUGCAGCUGCAGGAGCUGGAGGAGCUGGAGCUCACCAACUGUCCCGGAGCCACCCCAGAGCUCUUCAAGUACUUUUCUCAGCACCUCCCGUGCUGCAUGGUGAUCGAGUAGUGCCGGAGCCGGCUCCCCCACUCCCACGCCCACCCCGCCGCCACCCCAUCUGACAUCGCUCACCCCAUUUCUUUCCGUCUACUGGGAGGGAUGCGAAAGACGCCAUUGAUUACAACUGACCCUGGACACCCUCUGCAUCGAUGUCUCUGAGGGACAUGGAGCUCUGGGGGAAGAUGGGGGAUGGCAUCACCCCUCGCCAGAGCCCUCCUGGGUUCCCUGUAAAUUGCCCCCACACCAACACCAUCGCCCAUCCUCCUCUCAGUGUUCUGCCAACGCCUUCCAGACAGAUGAACAAGCAUCAUGGAAACACAAAGUGGGAAGGUGAAGGCUUCAUCCUAUUCCCCCACACUGGUGCCAAGUGGGCACAGGGCCCCAACACCAAGGAUGCUCCUGGGGACUGAAGGAUGUUCCUGGGGAUGGGAAAGAGAAGGAUGCUUAUUUUUGGCACCCGUGGAUGGUGGCAGAGGCUGAAUAGGUCCCCUCACACCCCUGGAGUGGGUCACUGAGCCACUCCCCACCAUGUCGCGUGUCCCUCUGAGCCCCCGGCCCUGCCCUUGGGGAGCCCAGUGCUUUCUCCUGGUGAAUACGAUGUUUUUCUCCGCCUGCCACCCUCGCAUGCUCGCUUGCUUCAGUCUCAUGGUACGACAGGUUCCGGGGUGCCCAAAGCGGGAUGGCGACAAGUUACAGCCCCCACCUGGCCCCUGUAUACAUACAGCUUUGCCCCAGCCAGAUCCUGCCCCGGGAGCCAGGCUCUCCUGGCAAGCAUCCCCCUCGCCCCAGGGACCCCGCUGCAUCCUGGUGUACAUGGGGUCAGUGGGGCGAUGCUGCUCCCCGCAGGAUGCCGAUGACCAGGAGCAACCUGUCUGACUGGGAUGGGACGUCCCCGGGGACCAAAGCCAGGUCUGAGCCACCAUGGGCACUUCAGGGGCACAGAGCGAAAGCGGGAGGUGGCACCUCAGGACACGCUGCGACUGCCACCACUCUUCCAGCUGGAAAGCCAUGGCCCUGAUGCCAGCAUCAAGCAGGGGCCAGGGGGACCUCCCAGGCUGGGCUGAGCUGGGCACUGUCCUGGGGUGCCCGAGGGGACCCGGCAUGGGAGGGGACUUGGUGGCCAUCCCCAGGGCAUCGCCAGCUGCCACACCAGCUGCCCACACAGCCCCAGGAGGAACACGGGUGUGGACAUGGGCACGGACAUGGGCAUGGGCAUGGAUAUGGACACGGACACGCUUUCGGUUUGUUUUGCCUUUGUACUGGCCGGGAAGGAACUGCUGCACCACC